AUGCGUUUGGCAGUUCUAGGCUUGCCCUCACCGAGCUUUGGAAUGGAACUGGAACUCGCUUUUGUCUCUAAUAUACUUGGAACGGCGAGAGUAGGGAGUUUUCUAGGCAAAGACGCGAAGGACGCGCUCCUUCUGAAUAGCCGGCGGUGGGUUCCGCACGCGAAGCGGUUUCGUUUAGGUCGGCGCACCGCGCUAAGCCUAGAGAGCAAAGGCAAGAAGCACCACGAUAACACUGGUGCCUUUACUUCAGGAUCCGCUCGUCGGGAGCUUAGUGGUCUAGCGGCAACGAGCGACGGAGGCUCAUCUGGUUCUUCGUUCGUCAGCGAGGAAGAAGUUGAGGUGUUGGAAGGGUUCGAAGACCUGCUCCUAACGUCCAACAAGAAGAAAGUGACUCCGAAAACAAAACCAGCACCCACCUCUGAUGCAAAGGCCCAAGCUUCUGUUAAUGGGUUUGAGGUCCUCGAAGGAUUCGAAGACCUUUUCACGGAGCCGAAGAAGGGGAAAAAAGGCAAAAAAUCAAAGGCACAAGCUUCAACCGUGACUUCGGCGUUGCGCGCUGCAGCACCAAAUGAAGGCUCAGUGAAAGCGUCGCAUUCUGAAAACGCAGAGCACGGGAUAGCAGCUCCGGCGGACCCUCAACGCAACGGAAAGUUAACUGCUACUACUGGUGAGACCGUGCACUCUCUUGAGAGGGAAACUCAGCGACCCGCUGCAGCCACGGAAGAAUCGAAACAAGCUUCCAGGACCGUUGCUACGGGCGACUCGCCCCCGCUGGAGACAGUGCUGGACGCGGGCUCGGAGGAAUCCUCGGAGCAGGUUCCGGAAGAUGAUGUGAGCUCCGGAAACAAUGCUCGCCAGAAGCGCCAGUCCCAGAGCACCUCAACUGCCGCGGGGCGCGCCGCCCUCAACCUCAGGGCCGACGCCGGUGAUGACAUCACGGCCGAGUCAGUGUUCCUUCGUCUGGAGGAUGUUAGUGUGUCAUAUCGGGGAGAGGUCGUUGUGAAAAAGGCAGAACUUGACAUUCGCAUGGGCGAUCGUAUUGCUAUUGUGGGAAAGAACGGUUCAGGGAAAACGUCUCUUUUGCGCAUCCUGGCUGGACUGCAAGAGCCGACAAAAGGCGAGGUUGUGCGCUCGCCCGCAGGCCUGCGUGUGGGUUACCUGCGUCAAGAGUUCCAUGACGACCUGAAUCCGACGCGAACGCUACGUGAGGAACUCUCCUCUGCUCUGACGGAGGCAAAUGCGGCACUCGCCCGAUAUCACGAGCUGGAGAACCAAGUCGCCAGCGUUGCGCACGAUCCCGAUCGCCUCGGUGCGCUUCUGGAAGAGCUAGAGCGUGCCCGCAUAGAAUGCGAGCGGGUUGGUGCUUUCAACAUAGAUAUGAAAGUGGAUCGCGUAAUGGCCGCUCUGGGCUUCGUCUCCGGGGAUGAUCCCGAGAAGCUGGUUGCAUCUUACUCCGGUGGAUGGAAAAUGCGCAUAGGCCUCGGCAAAGUGCUUCUCCAUGAGCCGCACGUGCUGCUUCUCGACGAACCGAGCAACCAUCUUGAUGUAGAUUCUGUGGAGUGGUUGGAAAACUACCUCUGCUCGCUCCCGAUUCCCUUAGUGAUUGUGUCGCAUGACCGAGAAUUCAUCGACCGUGUAUGCAACAAAGUGGUCGAGAUGGAGCGAGGUGAAACUGUGAAGUACGUCGGUAACUAUACGAGCUUCCUGAAACAGAAAAAAGAGCGUAUAGCUGCAUGGCAAGCCGCGUAUGAACGCCAGAUGAAGUACAUCGAAGAGCAAAAGGCGUUUAUCAACCGCUUCAAGAACAAUGCUGCAAGGGCAUCGCAAGUCAAGAGCCGUGAGAAAGCACUCGAGAAAUUCAUGGCCGCGGAGAAGUUCGUGUCGCCACCGCCAGGCAACGAAAAAAUGCUUCGUUUCCGCUUUCCAUCGGCGCCACGUUCGGCUCGCGAUUUGGUUUCGCUUCGCUCGGUCACCAUGCGCUACGGGGACCGUACGCUCUUCCGUAAUGUCGACUUUACGAUUGAGCGGGGAGAUCGCAUCGCCGUUGUGGGCCCGAACGGCAGCGGCAAGUCGACGUUGCUUCGGCUGAUCUGCGGGAUAGAGGCUCCGACAGAAGGCGAGGUGGCGAUCGCCGAGUACGGUACCAAGAUCGCAUACUUUGAGCAGAAUCAGGCAGAUGCACUGGAUAUGAACCUGACGAUCCUUGAAACAAUGCAGCGAGCCGCGCCGGCAAACAUGCCCUACGAGCAGAUUCGUGCGCUUCUCGGACGAUUUCUGUUCAAAGGCGAUGCAGUGGAGAAGAAAGUUGGUUCACUGAGUGGCGGCGAAAAAGCGCGCCUGGCGCUUUGUAAGAUCCUGCUCGAGCCGGCGAAUCUGCUCGUUCUCGAUGAGCCAGGCAACCAUGUGGACAUUGAGGGUCGCGAGUGCCUCGAGGAGGCUCUCCAGGAAUACGACGGUACGCUCGUUAUCGUGAGCCAUGACCGCUACCUUGUGUCUCAGGUGGCCACGAGUGUCAUUGCCAUUGAAAAUGGCAAACUGGAGUUUUAUGAUGGUGAUUAUCGCUUCUACUGUGAACAGCACCUGGAGUUGCGCCAGCGACUUCGCGAGCGCGCCAUCGCCGGUGUGACCGACAUCAAGUCGGCGCCAGUGGAGGCCAUGGCGCGGGCGGGUGACGGUCAGUUGCACGAAGAACGCAAGAAGACUUUUGGCGGAUCUGGUGUGAAGAACAAGAAAGACAGCAUGAUGAACUCAAAGCGCUGGAAUGACUAA